AAGGUCGUCAGCACUUGUCCAAACUUGAGUGCUCAAUUACGACCUUGUUACUUCAAUUGACGCCACCCACGCCGAGAUCCCGACCAGAAGACGUCGAGCGUCGUGUAUAUUCACGAAGGUCAUACACACAGUUAGUUGCCCGCCAUGCCGCAAGAUAUGCCCCCCGUUGGGGGCUACGGUCCCGUCCAAUACAAGCGCAACCUUCCUGCGAGCGGUUUUCGACCAGGCACAUGGCUCGUUGCCAUGGGCGUCGUCAUGACUUACGGAUUCUACAAAUUGGGACAAGGUAUUAGGGAACAGAAUGAGCUCGCCCGCGAGAAAAUGUGGUCUCGCAUUCACCUCAUCCCCCUUCUCCAGGCCGAAGAGGACCGGGAUCUUGUCCGCCGACAUCUAGCUGACCAGGCUCGUGAGAAAGAGCUGCUGGGCGAGAACUUUAAGGUUUAUAACUCUGAAAGAUACGUACGGCCGACGUAUGCUGUAACCCCUACCACCACAACAAAAUAAACCCACCGAGACUGAGGGCGGGGAAUACCAUGUCAGUGACAUGAAGGAUCACGAAAGUCAGACCACAUGCAUAUAAUGUGCCAAGCCAGGCUGGCAAAAUGGGAAGAGCGUGAGUAGAGAGAGACUAUCCAUGAGAGGUGAGGCGAACUAAACCAAGAGGUGAGGAGGCACCGCGGAGGUCAUUGUACAUAUUUUACAAACCUAUCUAGACGUGUGCAACAAGAGCAACACUCAAAUCUGAGGUGAUGAAAUGUUUUCUGUCAGUCUUUAGAACUGAAACAUCAUAUGGUUUACUCGCUUAGUAUUUACUACUGCAAUCCUUGCGAAGAUUGUUGCAUCGGUUGGAGAACCGAGGCUUAAUCUUAGCUUUCCAACUAUCCUAUUUGCC